UUUCAGAUGUGGCAUUAUCGACUGACGACAAUUCUUUUAAUCAUUUCUAUAAUUCAUUCAAUUCGAGCAAAACGAAAGCUCAAAGAGCAAGAAAUUAUUCAAAGAAUAUUGAAAGACUAUGAUUGGAGAGUUAGACCACGUGGAAUGAAUGCCACGUGGCCAGAUACCGGUGGACCCGUUCUAGUGACAGUAAACAUUUAUCUUCGAUCAAUAUCAAAAAUUGAUGACGUAAAUAUGGAAUACAGUGCUCAAUUCACAUUCAGAGAAGAAUGGACAGAUCAAAGAUUGGCUUAUGAAAGAUAUGAAGAAUCUGGAGAUACUGAGGUUCCACCGUUCGUCGUGUUGGCAACAUCUGAAAAUGCGGAUCAAUCUCAACAAAUCUGGAUGCCAGACACUUUCUUCCAAAAUGAAAAGGAAGCACGACGACACUUGAUCGACAAACCAAAUGUACUUAUUAGAAUUCAUAAAAAUGGACAAAUCUUGUAUUCAGUUCGAUUAUCACUGGUCCUUUCAUGUCCAAUGUCAUUGGAAUUCUACCCAUUGGAUCGACAAAACUGUCUUAUUGAUUUAGCAUCAUACGCAUAUACAACUCAAGAUAUCAAAUAUGAAUGGAAAGAAAAGAAACCAAUCCAACAAAAAGACGGUCUUCGUCAAUCACUCCCAUCUUUCGAAUUACAAGAUGUUGUCACUGAUUAUUGUACUUCUCUCACAAAUACAGGUAUUUAAUUGUCAAUAACAUAAGCUUGAGCUUCAUUCACUCUGUCGCCUCAAUGUAUAAUACUCAUGUCCAUUUCCCCGAAUCAAAUGCUUUUUGUCUUUUUGUUCAGGCGAAUAUUCAUGUCUACGUACCCGUAUGGUCCUCCGUCGCGAGUUCAGUUACUACUUACUACAGGUCCCUUUGUACUGUCCUUUAAAACUUGUCCCCAAUGUCCCAUUUCAGCUGUAUAUUCCAAGUUUCAUGCUCGUCAUCGUCUCGUGGGUCUCUUUUUGGUUAGAUAAGGAUUCAGUACCAGCAAGAGUUACGUUAGGAGUCACUACACUUCUGACAAUGACAACUCAAAGCUCAGGUAUCAAUGCGAAGCUGCCGCCAGUCAGUUAUACAAAGGCGAUCGAUGUAUGGAUCGGAGUGUGCCUCGCAUUCAUUUUCGGAGCUCUUCUCGAAUUUGCUCUUGUUAACUAUGCGGCGAGAAAAGAUAUGACUCAGGUCUCACAACGAAUUAGACAAAUGAAACAGCUCCCAACAGAAGGGUACAGACCUUUAUCGGCUUCACAAGGAAGAUCGUCGUUUUGUUGUAGAAUCUUUGUGAGGAGAUACAAGGAAAGAUCUAAACGAAUUGAUGUUGUCUCCAGAUUGGUCUUCCCAAUCGGCUACGCGUGCUUCAACGUGCUUUAUUGGGCCGUCUACCUGAUGUGAAUGCGUGUGCUAAACAUUCCCUCAUGUCUUCUAUAUAUGUCUUCCUUUAUGUGCCUUAUCCCCCGGUUUACUUUGAAUGUGUUUUCGAAUGGACCAAAUAAUUUUUGUCGACGUAUUUAGGUGAAUACAGUUGUGCACGGGUCGUUUUGCGUCUUCGCAGAGAAUACAGUUAUUAUCUCAUUCAACUUUACAUUCCAUGUAUUAUGCUUGUCGUUGUUUCAUGGGUAUCUUUCUGGCUUGAUAAGGACGCUGUGCCAGCUCGUGUCUCUUUGGGAGUAACAACACUUCUCACAAUGACUACUCAAGCCAGUGGAAUUAACUCAAAAUUACCGCCUGUUUCUUAUAUUAAAGCUGUUGAUGUAUGGAUCGGAGUGUGUCUUGCAUUCAUUUUUGGAGCUCUUCUCGAAUAUGCAGUUGUCAAUUAUUACGGAAGAAAAGAAUUUUUGAGAAAGGAAAAGAAGAAAAAAACACGAAUUGAUGAUUGUGUAUGUCCAUCAGAUCGCCCUCCACUUCGAUUAGAUUUAUCAGCAUAUCGUAGUGUUAAACGAUUACCUAUUAUAAAAAGAAUAAGUGAAAUUUUAUCGACGAAUAUCGAUAUUUCUCGAAGGGUUGAUUUAAUGUCUCGACUCACAUUCCCACUCACAUUUUUCUCGUUUUUAAUUUUCUACUACGUUGCAUAUGUGAAACAGAGCCGUGAUUAACUACAACAACCAUAAUAUUUAAUUGUUAAUUAUUUUAACACCUACAUAUUUUAUUAUUUAAACGUUAUAUGUUUAAUUGUAUCAAAAAAUAAUUCCAAACUCCAUGACAAAUACACUUUUUUUUGUAAAUUUCAGAUGUCUGAGAAAUGAAUCGUUGAUUGUUU